CUGGUUGGAGAAUCCGUCACCUAGGCAACCGCCACAACGAGGCUCGACCCGCAUGAGUUCCGCCAGCUGUUGGAUGAGGUCACACGUGUGCGCCGCGUCCUCGUGCAGUAGGAUUUACCCCUUCCCUAUGCGGGACCGGUGUGUGGAGGGCAGAUAGAAGCGGAACCGAGCUCGGAACUCCGGAGAACGAUAAAAUGGGUGCUUCUGCAUCAGCUCCUACCUUGCCCCAACCAACGGCAGCAGUUUCAGACACAUCUCAGUCUACAGCAUCUCCACCACCAGAAUGUCCAAUGCAUCAGAAAAAGAUGGAAGCUCCUACCCCACCACAGCCAACAGUUUCAGACACACUUCAGUCUACAGGAUCUCCACCACCAGGAUGUCCAAUGCAUCAGAAAAAGAUGGAAGGUUGUCCAGUUCCCCAGAAUGCUGAGAGCCAGAGCUGUUCAGGACCAGCUCAUCAAGAACGAGCAUAUGAGUAUGUUCAGUGUCCAAUGAAAGCGGGCAAUGAAGAUAUUGAUCCCAGCAAUAUGAUGCCUCCUCCGAAUCAAGCCCCAGCACCAGAUCAGCCUUUCUCUUUAUCUUUAGCCCGAGAAGAAUCCACAAUCCCUAGAGCUGAAAGUGAUAAAAACUGGGUGUAUCCUUCAGAGCAGAUGUUCUGGAAUGCUAUGCUACGGAAAGGGUGGAAAUGGAAGGAAGAGGAUGUUGAUCAAAAAGAUAUGACAAAUAUUAUUAAAAUUCACAAUCAAAACAACGAGCAGGCCUGGUCUGAAAUCUUGAAGUGGGAAGCUCUCCAUGUGAAAGAAUGUCCUUGUGGCCCCACUCUAGUUCGCUUUGGAGGUAAAGCAAAGGAGUAUUCACCCAGAGCACGAAUUCGAUCAUGGAUGGGUUACGAGCUUCCCUUUGAUCGCCAUGACUGGAUCGUAGAUCGUUGUGGACAGAACGUCCGCUAUGUUAUUGACUACUAUGACGGAGGAGAAGUGGAUAAAAACUAUCAGUUUUCGAUCUUGGAUGUCCGUCCUGCGUUUGACUCCAUGACUGCCGUGUGGGAUAGAAUGAAAGUGGCCUGGUGGCGUUGGACCUCUUAAUCUAUUGGGAAUAAACCUUAUUGGGCAAUCCUGUGAAAGAUAGAAAAAGAUGAAAUGACAGCAGUGCUUUAUUGCAAAACCCCUUUUUUGCAGAUGUUACAAAUAUGCAGCUAAAUAUUUAAUGUAUAUAGGAAGGUGAACAUUUAAACAAAAUUAAAAAUAAACAUUCUCAAAUUUU